AUGCCCAAGUUCUUUGAUUAUACAUCAAAUGAUAUUAUUUCAAUUAUAGAUAUAGGCAACAAAAUCUUUCACUUCAAGAUUGAAACGCUUGAUGGUAAAGUCGGUUUCUCCAUUGGUAUUGAUGUAAUUGUUAAUCUGUUUCAAUUGGAGGACGGUUAUUAUUUAAUAUUCUCAAGAGGUUUUGGGAAUUAUUUCCAUUUAACAAUUUUUGGUAAAAUUGGUGUUGAAAUUAAUUUUGCUGAUGUAGAAGUUGAUGAGCAUGUAGUUGCACCUAUUGAUGCAGUUGAAGAGCCAGCUAUUGAUGAACAACAAGAUGGUCGUGUUUAUAAGUUUGUUCGUAUGGCUUCUAAAGAUUUUCGGCUGCCUGAUAAUGUUUCAAGGAUAGCUAAACUUGAUUCUGAUUUAAAACCUAUGACCGUCAGACUUCUGCAUUUGACUGAGCAAGAGGAGUUUACCAACCGUACCAGAUGUGAAAAGAGAGGAGAAGGUUUUCGUUAUGCGUUAUGCAAAUGGUCGAGAUUCAUGAAACGUGCUCGCAUUAACGAGGGUGAUAUGGUUCACUUUUCUUUUGAUGAAACUCAUCAAGUCUUGAAUGUUGAAUUGGUUGUACCUCACAAAAGGAGUACUGAUUAGUUGUUUUACAUUUAGGUUUUGGAUAUUUGGUUUUCAUAUGAUAUACAUUUACUUUGUUAUAGUUAAUAGUUUUUAACAAUGUUUAAUGGUUUUGCAUUUUAAGUUAUUACAUCU